AUCAUCUAUCAAUACCAAAAUCCCACAGCUGAAUAAACCGUCAAAACCGCCUGCUAUUCGGCUCGUCUCCGUCCCAAUUUUAGUCACUUCUAACUUCCAACGCAUCUUCACAAAAAGCAGGAGUUAUUGUGCAAACCUGAUAAUUCACGUCCCAAAAGAAUGGUGAUCAUAUACAUAUAGAUAAUCAAAUUCCGUGACAGGAAAGAGAUGGCAGAAGAAUCUGGCAUGACUGCAGGAGGAGGAGAUAGAGAUAGAGAUAGAGAUAGAGAUGUGGAGGAACUGCAAGAAGAAGAAAGGGACGAAGAUAACAUUAUUGGUAUGAUCAACAGCAGAAUCAGUUCGGAUACAAGUACGAGCGGCGUUAACCCUUCAUCCCCCCUCUGGGAAUUGAAUCUUCUCAUCCUCCUUUCCUUCCUUUCUUUAUCUCCCGAAGAAUGUUUAGAUUUAGAAAAUUUUGAUGAAAGCACGCACAAAGAUUCAAGACCGAGGCAUCCCCUCUCACCAAAUUUACAGAUAAUUAGAAAGCGACAGAUGUACGAGUUCAGAGCUCCUCCUGAACGGCAAUCUGCAAGGUUUCAGACCAAGGUUAGAGAUUGCAGGCACUUCAGACGAGUGUGAAAAUACACCCCACCAGCGCCCAUGUCCCACACCUUCGGGAGUCCGCAUCGCAUGCAAGCACCAGCUUUGCUUUUUCAAAGGAGGAGGAGGAGGAGGAGUCGUCUGUGUAAUUUCGUUGUUUACCUGCUAGUGUUGUGCUUUGACGGAAAUAAUAAUACGCUGUUGUUAUUAUUAUUACUUUCCUCCCUAUGCAUGAAGGACUGUACUUCUUCUCCAAGUACACUGGAAUGCACAAGUUUCUCCCUUCCAUCUA